CAGGUCCAGCGAGCGUGUGGUGUGUAGGUGUUAGCCGAAUAACCCGAAGUGGGUGUGUGUUGUUAGCGGCAGCCAUUCCAUGCUGCUCAUGUUCUUUUCUCUCAAAAAGAAACCUUACUGUUGUGACAAGCUGGCGCCGGCGAUACCAAUCUCCGCGCAUGUAUGCAUGGACGAGUACAGCCGUGGAGACCUGGCUUACAAGGUGUAAUGUUGCUGACAGCAAAUAAAGGUCUGUUAUUGGAUUUAACUGACUGGCUUCGGGUUAUUCGGCUAACCCCCACACCACACGCUCGCUGGACCUGCUAGCCGCUCCUUCCUCGCCAGACUGCUGUUACACAUUGAACCACAGAAGCUUUAGUGUCUGUAACACUAAUUUAAGCACAGGUUUUAUGUAAAUGAAAAUAAAACUGAAACUUUAAUGUUUGUCAGUGUGAUUUUAUUUGUGUUUGCGGAGUAGUGAUUACUUAUGUACCCAACUUGCUCUUUUAAUGCAGUUACCAACAGUGUACACAUGGGGGCGCUGAGCUCCUGCACAGAAAUUUGACUUUUAAAGCAGAGGCAGCACAACAACAGCUGCAAAACAUGAUCAAGACUAUCGAUUAAAAUGUUAUCCAAUAAAACAUCAGUUUUAUUAAAUGAUUCAAAAUCACAGAUCUAAAACAAACAAUAUACCUACAAUAUUGAUCGAUUUCCCCGCGCGCAGUCGAUCUAGAGCUUGAUUGAUUCCUCCAUUAAAACUCGUGUUCUCACUAAAAAGUCCAGCAGCACGCAUUAAAAACGGGCACCUACCAUAAUAAAUUAUCCAAACACAACGGCAAAAGUCUCACACCGAACUAUAUACCCACUCGCACCAGAGUCUGGAACUUCCCACAGAAGAACACUGACCUCCCCCCACACACCCACUACCUCUUAAAGCUCCUGGGCCAAUCACACGGCAGAAGGCAGCAAACUGUCACUUGUUACACACCUUUAACACGGACGUCUCCGGGACAUUUUCCAGGAUGGCACUUUCCAGCCUGCUUCUGAGCCUGGCUGCUCGGGCGCUUACGUUUCUCUUCUUUCUGCUCGUCAUUGCGUUUCUUGGCUACUGCUUGUACAUUAAAUACAUUCAUAUGAAGUAUGACCACAUCCCCGGGCCGCCGAGGGACAGUUUUUUCUUUGGACACUUACCAACGAUGUUGAAGGCGAUGAAAAGUGACGGAAUUAUACACGACAAAUUUCUGGAGUGGGCCGAGAAGUAUGGACCUGUUUACAGGAUAAAUGUGCUUCACUACGUUUCACUGUGUACGUACUGUCCAGAGGCCACCAAGGAAAUCCUGAUGUCCCCAAAGUACCCCAAAAAGAAGUCUACCUAUAAAAGACUCUUCUACCUGUUUGGUCAAAGGUUCUUUGGAAAUGGGCUGGUAACAGCACGGGAUCAUGAGCAGUGGUACAAACAGCGACGUAUCAUGAACCCUGCGUUCAGCAGCCUGUAUCUGAGAGGUCUAAUGGGAACCUUUAAUGAGAGGGCAGAGAAACUGAUGGAUAAACUUGCAGAGCUUGCUGACAGUAAAACAGAAGCUAAUAUGCUCCAUCUUGUCAACUGUGUCACCCUGGAUGUUAUUAGUAAGGUUGCCUUUGGGGUGGACAUGGACCUCAUGAAGAAUAGUUCACCUUUCCCUAAAGCCAUUGAGACAUGUCUGAAAGGAAUGAUUACCUACCUUAGAGACAGAUUUUUUCAGUACAAUCCAAAGAACAGACGAUACGUCAAUGAGGUGAGGGAAGCGUGCCGCCUGCUCCGUACAACUGGAGCCAAGUGGAUCAGUGAGAGAAAGACCGCCAUGCAAAACGGUGACGAGGUCCCCAAAGACAUCCUGACACAAAUCAUCAAAACUGCAAGCCAAGAGGAAAACAUGACUGAAGAAGAUGAAGAAUUUAUGCUGGACAAUUUUAUGACAUUCUUCAUUGCAGGCCAAGAAACAACAGCCAAUCAACUGGCUUUUUGCAUCAUGGAGCUUGGAAGACAUCCUGAAAUACUGGAGAAAGCGAAGAAAGAGGUCGAUGAUGUCAUUGGGAUGAAAUGUGACAUAAGCUAUGACAACUUAGGAGAGCUGGUCUACCUGUCACAGGUGCUGAAAGAGACUCUGAGAAUUUACCCCACAGCUCCGGGCACAUCUCGUGAUGUUGCUGAAGACAUGGUGAUUGAUGGUAUCCACAUACCUGGAGGAUUCAGUGUUUUUUUCAGCUCCUAUGUGAGUGGGAGAAUGGAGAGAUUCUUCAAGGAUCCACUGAGAUUUGAUCCAGACAGAUUUCACCCAGAUGCUCCCAAGCCUUAUUACUGCUACUACCCCUUUGCCCUCGGUCCUCGCUCGUGUCUGGGACAGAACUUUGCUCAGAUGGAGGCUAAAGUGGUGAUGGCCAAACUGCUCCAGAGGUUUGACUUCACUCUUGUCCCGGGACAGACCUUUGACAUCGGGGAUGCUGGCACACUCAGACCAAAGAGUGGAGUGUUGUGCACUUUGAGACACAGGGACUACAAAAAUAAAUGAUCUUAAAGUACUUUACAUAAAAAGUGGUCUAUUUUUGGUCCCUGAGAUAUAUUAAUAUAGGGAAAAAGAAAGUACAGCUUCAACAGUAUGUCUCAGUUUUUCUACAUGAUUAAGAAAUUCUUCUUUAGUAACUGAAAUCAGCACAACUCUUUGAGUCUAAAUUGUAGAAAUAAAUGUGUAAAAAGAUCAUUGUCAAGAACAGAAUGGAUUUUCUCUUCUUUUUUUAAAUUUUGUUUUACUGAGGACUUGUUUGUUGUUAUUUUUGUUGCUGUUUUUGUUUUUACAAUAACAAAACCCCUGAAAUUUCUAUAGUAGAUGUUGAAAAAUAGGAACUUUUCUGUCAUUAAAUUGUUUACUUACUACUGAAUUUCAUUGCCGUAAUAUUAAUGGCCAUGGGCCAAUUUGGCCCCCGGGCCUCAUGUUUGACACCUCUGGUUUUAAAGGGUAAAACUGAUUGAUUUGAUUUCUAUUCCUGUCUAAAACUUGUGAUUUAAAAAAAUUGAAUUUAAAGAAAAAAUUGUAUCAUGUAUGAACUAUAGUGUAAAUUCAUAUGAAAUGAAUGUAAUUAUUCUUAUGUCUUCAUUACAAUAAUAUAUAUGGUAACAUUGUGGGGAGUGCUGGGUAUAAUAACAUUUGCACUUAGCAUUUAAUCUUGCACAAAAUCAUCACAUAGUUUGAUGUAGUGACUUUUUUUAAAUAAGCAGUGAGCCAAGGAACCUUUUGUGCCUGCAUAGCAUUUAAGAUUUUCUUAAAAGUGCUGCAUGUUAUGAAAAUGAAAAUAAAUUUUGAGAUCC